AUGGCUUUGCUGUUUGCCCUACGUGUGCUGGUGGCUUUCGCUAUUCCGCUCGUGAAUGGCCUUUUAGGGCCCGCCCCAGAAACCGUACUUGACUACGGCACCUUCAAAGGCUCAACAAGUAUUCAAGGUGUUGAUAGCUUUCUCGGGAUUCCAUUUGGCAAGGCAGGCCGCCUUGAGAAUCCGACUCUCAUCGGUGCUACCGAAAAAUUAAAUGGGGUCCAGGACGCUACCAAGUAUGGAAUUUCGUGCCCUCAACAGCAGUUGAUAGCGUCACCCUUGAGCGGCGACAAUUCUGAACUUGGAGGACUACUCGGAGCUGUCCAGCAACUCGCAUUCACUGCUGUGCCAAUUGAGAACCAGGGAGAGGAAUGCCUAACUAUCAACGUGCAACUGCCUUCGGGUAUCAAUUCUACUGAAGGUCUGCCGGUGUUGUUUUGGAUUCAUGGAGGCGGCUUCGAGUUUGGAUCUAGUGCAGCCCUAGGUGCUGAGACAACGGCUGUCCAAGGAUUGAUCUAUCAGGGAGCUAACAUUGUUAAACGAUCCAUGGACAUGGGACAACCUAUCAUCUUUGUCUCGGCCAAUCAUCGCCUCAAUGCAUUUGGUACCCUCGCAUCUCAAGAGAUCACUGAUGCCGGCAUUUCCAAUCUUCUUCUCAAGGACCAACGUGUCGCCAUGCAAUGGGUCCAGAAAUACAUUCGCCAGUUUGGUGGCGAUCCGUCCAGGGUUACUCUCUUCGGCGAAAGUGCUGGCUCCCUCGCGAUCGCUACGCACAUGGUCCUGAACGAUGGCGAUACCGAAGGCCUUUUCAGUUCCGCAAUCAUGGCCUCCGGUAGUAUUAUGAAACUCAAGGACUAUCGCCACGCCCAAAAAGUCUUCGACUUUAUGGCCAAUAACUCUGGAUGUGGCUCUGCCUCCGACAAGGUCGAUUGUCUGCGCAAGGCUAGCUACAACCAUAUUUACAAUGCUGUGCAACGACUUCCAACUUUCCUAUCAUACGAAAGCACCUCAGUGCCGUGGUAUCCGCGCCCUGAUGGCAAAUAUCUCACUGACUCGCCUCAUAAGCUUCUACGUCAAGGCAAAGUCGCUAAAAUUCCCUAUAUUAUUAGCGACAUGAAGGAUGAAGGAACCCUUUUCAGCCUUGUGCCUGCCUUGAAUAUCACUACUGACGAAGACUUCCAAAGGUUCUUUCAUGACGUAUUUUUCCAAAAUCUAACACCUCAGCAAGUCAAGGCGUUUACAGACCAGUAUUCUGCAGACCCAGCAGAGGGCUCACCUUUCGAUACUGGUUCCGCAAACCAGCUGGGGCCGCAGUACAAGCGACUAUCUGCAGCGAUUGGUGAUUACACUUUCCAAGCCGGUCGUCGUGAUCUUCUCCAGCAUACCUACUCCCAGCAGAAGGUUUACACCUGUCUCAUCGAACAGAGCCUACCUGUGCUGGGCCAAAUCGGCGCACUGUCCGGACUGACGAAUCUACCUCUUCUGGGUUCUUUUCAUGUCAGUGAUGUUCUUCUGAACAGCUUCGGACUUCUUCCCCCACAGCUUUCGACAAACUCACUGAAUCUCAUGUCGACUUAUAUUGCAUUUGUCAAUAGCGAGGACCCGAACAACCACGGCUUGAAAGACCUACCUCAGUGGCCAACCUGGAAUCCCGAAGAGAAGGCGAUGUUUGAGCAUCGAGAGUCCGGACCGCGGAUUAUCAAGGACGAUUUCAGGGAGAAGCAGAUGGACUUUAUUAAUAAUAAUGCCGAUACAUACACAUGCUAAGGGUAGCUAAUGGAAAUCGUUGAGUAACUGAG